CCGGAGACGAGCUGCUGAGUGACAGCGCCGCUACAGUGAGGGGAGCCGGUCACAUGACAGCAGGCUGGGGAGCCGGUCACAUGACAGCAGGCUGGGGAGCCAAUCACAUGACAGCAGGCUGGGGAGCCAAUCACAUGACAGCAGGCUGGGGAGCCAAUCACAGGAUACAGGGCUAGUAGUUGCCUGACUCCAGUUUGACAAGCCGGGCUCCCAGGUUGGUGCCCCAAGGCCGCAGCCAUGGAUUUCUAUACCGCUAACUGGUACCCAAUGGGCAGCGUUUAUUACCGUAAGUUUGAUUGCUACCGCAUGGAGUGGGACCUGAGAGACGGCUUCAGGGAGUGCCUUGUGGCCGCCGGGCCCUACGCCGGCACCGUCGCUCUAAUGAGGAAUUACUGUGCCAAGCCGGGCCGGCCCAUUCUGGAGAUUUACUCUGCCGCCGGCGUCCUGUUGUCCUCCAUCCCGUGGAAGAGCGGCCAGGUGGUGCACUUGGGCUGGACCCUCACCCAGGACCUGGUUUGUAUCCAGGAGGAUGGGACGGUGCUUAUCUACGACAUAUUCUGCGCAUUCAAGCGCCACUUCAGCCUGGGGAGCGAGGUGAAACAGAACCAGGUCCUGGAGGCCAAAGUGUUCCACACCGAGUACAGAACCGGCAUCGCCAUCUUAACCGGAGCCUUGAAAUUCACCGUCGCUUCCAACAUCGAUGACGUGAAACUGCGCAGGUUGCCGGAAAUACCGGCCCUCAGGGGCCCCCCUACCUGCUGGACUGUACUGUUUAACGACCGAGUGCCUCUAGUCUUGGCUGCCGUUGGGCCAGAUCUGUACCUGUUGGACAAUACCUCUUGCACCGCCGUUACACUGCCCGGAAUGAGCCCCCUGGCCGGGUCAGCUCUGCAAAUGGCCGUCUCCUUUAAUUACAAGUACCUCGCAGUCUUCACAGACACCGGGUACAUCUGGAUGGGGACGGCUUCCCUGACGGAUAAACUGUGCGAGUUUUCCUCCGAUCUACGACAGGCGCCAAAGCAAAUGGCUUGGUGUAUAAGGCCCGGCAGCCGCAACAUUGCGCUCGCACUAAUGUGGGAAAAACUCAUAUUCCUAGUCGGCCGUGCCCGCGAGGGCGUUCACUUCCCGCUGGACGAGCCGUCGUUUAUAGUUCCCGAACUUGAUGGGAUCAGAAUCGUAUCUUCCUCCACCCACGAGUUUCUCCACGAAAUACCGAAAGUGACCGAGGACAUUUUUAAAAUUGCCUCCAUGGCGCCCGGAGCUCUUUUGCUCGAAGCCCAAAAGGAAUAUGAGAAAGAGAGCCAGAAAGCGGACGACUAUCUGCGGGAGAUUAAGGACCAGAACCACCUGUCGGACGCAGUGGAGAACUGCAUAGAAGCCGCGGGCUACGAGCACGCCCCCGAGAUGCAGAAGUCUCUCCUCAGAGCAGCUUCAUUCGGAAAAUGCUUUGUGGAAAAAUAUUCUCCCGCGGACUUUGUGACUAUGUGCCAAGAUCUCCGUAUCCUCAACGCCAUCCAUGACUACCAGAUCGGUAUCCCGCUGACUAUGACUCAGUACAAGCAACUCACCAUACAGGUUCUGUUGGACAGAUUAGUCUUACGGAGACUUUAUCCCCUCGCUCUCAAAAUUUGUGAAUAUCUAAAGUUUUCUGAUUUCCAGGGUGUCAGUCGGAUUUUAGCUCAUUGGGCUUGUUACAAGGUGCAACAAAAGGAGAAAUCUGAUGAUGAGAUAGCUCAGGCCAUUAAUCAGAAGCUUGGAGACACCCUCGGAAUUUCCUACUCUGAAAUUGCCUCCAGGGCCUGUGAGUGUGGUAGGACGGAGUUGGCCAUUAAACUCUUAGAGUACGAACCAAAGUCGGAAGAUCAAGUUCCAUUGCUUUUAAAGAUGAAGAGAAGCAACUUAGCCCUGGCCAAAGCCAUCGAGAGCGGGGACACGGACCUUGUGUAUACUGUGGUUACUUACAUGAAAAACGAGUUUAACCGAGGCGACUUCUUUAUGACAUUGCAGAACCACCCGGUGGCUUUGAGUUUAUACAGACAGUUCUGCAAGCACCAAGAACCCGAGACACUGAAGGACCUUUACAAUCAGGAUGAUAAUCAUCUGGAGCUGGGUAAUUUCUAUGUUCGAUCCAGUUACGGUGCAGAGAAAAGGGUGGAAGGGCGGGUUGCGGAGCUCCAAAACGCUGUAGAGGAGUACAACAAAGCUAAGAGUGAACUGGCGGCCAGGGCCACCGAGGAUCAGAUCAAGCUGCUGAGGAACCAGCGGGCACUGCAGGAUAAGGUGGACAAGCCGUACCUGGACUUCUCGCUGCACGACACCGUUUACAAUCUCAUACUGGACGGCAUGCACAAGAAAGCAGAGCAACUGUACAAAGAAUUCAAAAUCCCUGACAAAAGGUACUGGUGGCUCAAAAUCUCUGCUUUGGCGGAGAAAGAGGACUGGGAGGAGCUUGAGAAGUUCUCGAAAAGUAAGAAAUCUGCCAUCGGCUACUUGCCCUUUGUGGAGAUUUGCAUGAAGCAUCAGAACAAAGUGGAAGCCAAGAAGUACAUCGCCCGCGUGGGUAUCGAGCAGCGGGUCAAAGCCUUCCUCUUGGUUGGGGACUUGGAUCAGGCUGCCGAAAGCGCCAUCGAGCACCGAAAUGAACAAGAAAUGAAUAUGGUGCUGUCCCGCUGCGCCUCGGCCGCUGAUAACACCAUUGUGGAGAAGAUCAACCGCGCCAAGUCCCUGAUCCUCAAGAAAUAACUUUAUGCUCAUUUGGCUUCUUGCCGUCUGGUGGGUAUUUUACUUAAUGAGCAGCUAUUAUACAUAUUGAUUGCUCUGUAACUAGCCCUGGCCCGUAGCCCUCUGCAUUCAAUUGGUAGCCCCCGUUCCCUAGUGAUCCCCAACCAGUGGCUCGGGGGCAACAUGAUGCCCGUUUGAUGUUGGUCCCAGUGAUCCCAAAGUAGGUGCCAUUUUUACAUUUCUGGCUUGGAGGGAAGUUUUUACGCCAAGCAGAACCUCCUGCAGCCCAGCAGUCACAUGGGGCUACCAAAUAGCCAAUCACAGUCCUUGUUUUCCAUCCCCAAAGAACCUUGCUAAUGCUUGUGUGGUUCCCCAAUACCUUUUACAUCUGAGUGUGGCUCCUGAGUAAAAUAGGUUGGGGAUCCCUGCUGUAGGGGUUCUGGUCCAGUGGUGCCCCAGUUAUGUAGUUAGGCACUCACAGGCAUUGGGUCGUGGGCCAGCAGCUCCAGCUGAAAGGGGAGGCCACACUUAUGGACCCUCAGGGCUAAGUGGAAAUGAUGGGGGUGAGAUUGUAAUUAAAUGGAUUCUGGGAGUCUAGUCCAGCAGUCCCGCCCCUUAACACAUACCAGAAAGCUGGUUGGAUGUUCCCUUUCCCCAUGCCCCUGUAUGGGUCCAACUGCCAGGCCUGCAGAACCGAUAUCUGGGCAGGUGUAAAAAUCUGUUGCUGUGAUCUGAUUGGAUAAGCCCCACAUUACCCACCACCAAGGCGGCCAUAUCUCUAUAUGAUAUCAUUGCUCUCCUGGGACACAUUGAACUGUAUCCUUGCACUUUGUCCUGCUUUGCCUGUGCCCCCACGUACAUACAUUCAGGAUCUGUGUUGGGGAGGUGUAGCUGAUGGUGGGGGGGAGUUAUAAGCACUUCCCUUUGGUUUAUGUACAGUAACCAGUACUAGUUAUGUGUAGAACCACUGCUAAUAAAUGUGCUGUUUGCAACUA